AUGUCCAAACCCAAUCCAUGCUUUGUCAUAUAUGGCCCCGACAAGCAGGGUGCGCUUUACACUCUUGACCAAUCCGGCAGGAGAACAGUCCUUUUCUCGCACAAGGAGAAUAAAUCAAAACCUCAACUCGAGUUGUAUGUCGUUCAGGGAGGUCUCCUUCAACCCCUGAGCACAGCCUCAUUCUCUUCGCUCAGCUCAAGCAUCACCAUGAACAUCCACGGACAAGAAAUCAAAAUGAAAGACAAAUAUUCAGGUCUUACACCUUACAAGGCCUUCACAGGUCCGGUUGGUGAGCUGACUUGGAAACCCACAAAAUGGGCAAACGGCUCAGAGCUUUGGGACAGCGCGGGAGUUUUACUGGCUCGAUACAAACACUUGAAGUUCUCAGGCGAUCCUGUCCUCGAGAUUUUCGUCCAACUCGACAAUAUUCUCAUGGAGUUGGUGGUGACGGCGGCAGUUUCGAUAUUGGUCGAUGAGAAGAAGGGCCUCAAGAUCGCUGGUGAACUGGUGGAAGCCCUUUCAGGAGUAUGA